UAUCGUCACAGCUCCAACAAUUAUACCAUGGCAACCCACAAGCACGAUAAUAAACGUAUUAAGUUUAGAAAUUAAAAUGAUGUUAAUUGUGAAUUUUUGUGAUUUCGUUUGACUAAAUUGAUUUGAAGAUUUUUUUUUUUUUUUCUUUUCAAUUAUGUGCAGUUUUAAUAGUUUCUGCACAAGUCAUCACAAUAGAGGGACUUAUCACUUCUUUCCGAAUGCAUCUCCAAAUGCGAUACUGAAGGGGCCUGUAAACUGCCACUUGAAGCGGGUCACCAUGACAGCAGAGGAGACUAUCAACAUCAAGGAGGCCGAAGUCGUCAAGUUGGUCCUCGACUUCCUCAGCUCCAGGAAGCUGCACAUCAGUAUGUUGGCCUUAGAGAAGGAGAGUGGCAUCAUUAACGGUCUCUACUCCGAUGACAUGCUGUUUCUCAGGCAACUCAUUCUGGAUGGUCAGUGGGAGGAGGUGAUGCAAUUCAUCCAGCCUUUGGAAGGGUUGGACAAAUUUGACAAGAAAAGGUUUCAUUAUAUCAUUCAGAAGCAGAAGUUUCUUGAAGCUCUGUGUGUAAAUAAUGCCAUAUCGGCAGCUGAAGAUCACCAAAAUCUAGAACUUACCAUGCAAGAAGCUGUCAAGUGCCUGCACCACCUGGAGGAGUUCUGCCCAUCUAAGGAAGACUACAGCAAACUAUGUCUUCUCCUUACGUUGCCCCGCCUUACCCACCAUGCUGAGUUCAAGGACUGGAACCCGAGUACGGCGCGCGUGCACUGUUUUGAGGAGGCAUGUGUAAUGGUCGCUGAGUUCAUUCCAGCAGACAGAAAGCUAAGUGAGGCAGGCUUCCGAGCGAGCGGGAACCGCCUCUUCCAGCUACUUAUCAAAGGAAUCCUUUAUGAGUGCUGUGUUGAAUUCUGCCAGAGCAAGGCAACGGGAGAAGCGAUAACAGAGAGCGAGGUAUUGCUCGGUGUAGACUUGCUCAACGGGAAUGGUUGCGAUGAACUGGAUCUGUCACUGCUGUCCUGGCUGCAAAACCUUUCUGCUGGUGCAUUUUCAUGUGCCUUUGAACAGAAGACCCUCAAUAUCCAUGUUGAUCGCCUUGUGAAGCCCAGCAAGACUGGGCACGCUGACCUCCUCACCCCUCUAAUUAAUCGCCUUUCCCCCUGCCCAUCCUCACCUUUCCACCAAAGGCCUCACUCAGCUGACACGUACAUGUCCAGAUCCUUGAACCCAGCUCUGGACGGACUGUCGCACGGCUUGGCAGCCCAGGACAAAAGAGGCGUUGAGGUCAAUAUGAAAUCAGCCUUAAGUCGAAGCUUGGUGGAGAAUAAUGUCCAUCAACUGGAUGAUUCCCCUGAAAAAAAGCACCCACGGGUUUUGGAAGGUCCCAAGGUCACACGGACGCCUCUGGCUCCUGGGAGAGAUGGUGGAACAGCAGGCACAGAAACAGUUGAGUCUACCGACUCGACAGAAAAUAUGCAGGAGUACUACAGGCAGCGUCUGCGUGUACAACAGCAUCUGGAGCAGAAGCAACAGCAGAGGCAGCUUUACCAGCAGAUGCUGCUUGAGGGUGGGGUGAAACCACUUGACGGAGCACAAAAAAACCUCACUGAGACCUUCCUCACUAGAUCCAUUCAGAAACUAGAGGAGAUGAACAUCGGCAUUGACCACCAUGGAGAUAAGGUGACACAACUGGGCCAGCUUUGUAAUGGUGUGGCAGAUGACCCCACUAUCAAUGAUCCAAGGAUGGUACAAGGGGCAAAGCCUGGUGGUGCAAGCAGUCAUUGCCUGCAACAUGUGAGAGAUUCCCCAGUUCCUACAAGCACUGAGAUGGUUGGAGGCCCAGUGAAAGAUGAUUCCAGCAGCCGGAUGACACGCUGUACAACCCAGCAGCUAGGAAUAUCUAAAACCCAGUUUGUCAGAGUGAACCAACUUGAAGACACACAGGCAGUACGAUCUGUGGCUUUCCAUCCCUCAGGAUCACUUUAUGCUGUUGGUUCCAACUCUAAAACUCUUAGAGUCUGUGCCUACCCUGACACCCUAACAAGCAGGUCUGGACCAGUCAUACGCAUUAACACAUUAGAUGCCGUCAAGCAGCCAGUGGUCCGCUUCAGAAGGAAUAAACACCACAAAGGUAGCAUCUAUUGUGUUGCCUGGAGCCACUGCGGACAGCUUUUAGCCACUGGAUCCAAUGACAAAUAUGUCAAAGUUCUCCCUUUCAGUGCCGACAGCUGCAAUGCGACAGGUCCUGAUCUGGAGUUCAGCAUGCAUGACGGAACCAUCAGGGACUUAGCCUUCAUGGAGGGUCCUGAGAGUGGAGGGUCCAUCUUGGUUAGUGCAGGAGCUGGAGACUGCAACAUCUACACCACUGACUGUCAUAGAGGACAGGGCCUUCAUGCUUUGAAUGGACACACAGGCCACAUUCUGACUCUUUACACAUGGGGAGGGUGGAUGAUUGCAUCAGGAUCCCAGGACAAAAUGGUCCGCUUCUGGGACCUGCGGGUUCCAAGUUGUGUGCGUGUUGUGGGUACAACCCUCCAUGGCUCAGGAAGUGCAGUAGUUUCGGUGGCAGUAGAUCCCAGUGGCCGACUGCUUGCCACUGGACAGGAGGACAGCACCUGUAUGUUAUAUGACAUCAGAGGAGGCCGCAUAGUCCAGACAUACCGCCCCCACAGCAGUGACAUUCGUUCAGUACGCUUCUCACCUGGAGCCCAUAACCUUCUCACUGGUUCCUAUGACAACAAAAUCAUCAUCAGUGACCUGCAAGGUGACCUCACAAAACCACUCCCGCAGAUGUUGGCAGGGGAACACUGGGACAAAGUGAUCCAGUGUAGAUGGCAUCCCAAAGACCAAACCUUCCUGUCAUCCUCCGCUGAUCGGACUGUUGUCCUGUGGGCUCCCAGCCCCUGAGAUUUGGUGUACAAAAGCCAAAAUGUGUAGCGUGCACACCGUGAACAUAAAGUAUAUCCCAGAGCGGAAUCACAAACUAACAUACGUUAAUGUUUUUGUGCCAUUGCAUUAAGCUGUAUGUGAUUUUGUGCCAUAGCAAAAAUUGGAAUAUGUGUCUAUGCUGUACACACAGAUGUAUGACAAGCAGGCAAAAUUUGUUUCCUAUUUUUUAAAUACUUGUUACUGUAUAUCACGCAAUCAAAAAUUUCUAAACAUAUUUUUUUUAAGAAGGUGACGAUAGGAGAGGGUGUCAAAAUUCUAAAACCAGGAACAUGAAGUUGUCAUAUCAACAAAUAACAGCUUUGUGUCCUACUAAGUAACUAAAAUAAUCUGACCAAUUAUAUUUUAGCUAGCAACAAGCACUUUAAAUGUAGAGAAUAUCUGAGGUUGGCAUGGUGAAUUUAUUAUUAUUAGUAUUUUUAAUACGCGGAUUGUUAAAUAUCUGACAAUGCAGUAACUACUGAUGAAAAAAAAAGUCCAAAAUGAACUAAAAAUACAAAGGGUUUGUAGUAAUGCUCUUGAAUGCUAAAGUGAGAAAUUUAUUGCAUAAUGUGCCUUUUUAAACCUUAUUAAGAGAUUUAGGUUUGCUCUUGCAAUUGAAAUAUGUAUUCAUUCAUUUAUUUGUGCGUUUUUUUUUGUGGUUUUUUUUUUUUACAUCAUUGUAACCACCUUGAUAUGUACACUUUUGUAGUGUCACUAUCUAUACAAAUUUUAUGUCUGGUAAAAUUAUUUCAUUGCACAAAAUUGUUCAACACAUUAUCUUGUAAAUGUGUCAAAUGUGUUUGGUUGCACAAAAAUACAAUUAAUUAAUUGCUCUAUUGACAUAGAUUAUUGCUGUUCAACGGGAUGCAUGAACUUUCUGACAUUUGACGUACAGUGAAAGAUUAGCACAAGUGAUGUUUGUUGUUAGAUGAGGUGAUGUUCACUUAAUAAAAAUACUGUGAUAAGUGUUGAAUCACUGAGCUUCAGUUCUGGCAUUUACAUUAACUGUGAUGUGAGAUGCUGAAUAAUCUUUAAAAAAAAAAGGCAUUUGGUGACACCAUCCACUGACUCAUGAAUCUUCUACUUAUCCUGUUCAUGGUCACGCUGAACUGGGGCCUAUCACAGCUGACAUUUACACUUUUUACUCGCGCACUUUAAAUGCAGAGGUUAUGCAAAUGACAAUAUGCCAAUAGAUGUUAGACCUAGUUACCAGUACUAUGCAGAAAGGUUUUGUUGACUGACAUGGUUGUCCAUUGUAUUAAAUCUUGUUGUUUGGCUUGCACAUAGUUUCAAUUCAACCAACCUCAAUUUAUUUUACACUGUAUAUUGUUUGUAUGUGAUGAACAAUGUUUCAUUAGCCCAGUUGUACACCAUGUUUGUCUCAUCAUUGUGAUGUUAUAUUUGUGGGUCACAUUGGGAUCUUUUAUUGAUCUGACUUACCUGUAAAGGGCCAUUACAGUUCAAUGGAUUCAAAUAAA